GGCCCCUCGCUCGCUGGCUCACGGCACCGGUUACAAUUCGUCAGAACAACCCUUCGCCAUCGGUCGGCGUCCGGCUCGGGCACCGGGCACGCACCGGCCGGCCGGAGCUAGCUAGUCACGCAACACGACGGGCCCGGCCCACCGGCUUCCUGUCUCCCUGCACCCGCCGGGUACACCAUCUGGUACCACCUUGUACGACCACCCUCCCCACCCCUCCCCUCCCCUCCCCUCCCCUCCCAGCUUUUAUAAAGCGCGGCGCACCACCGCACCACUCGCUCACCCCCAGUACAACGGCAACCAGACGCCUCGGCUUUUGCGCUCCUCCUCCUCCUCCUACUCGGCUUCUUCUCCCUCCCGCGGCUCCAAGAACGCACCUUUCCUCCUCGCCGCCUGCGCCAUGAAGCGGCUCCUCAGGCGGCUCUCCCGCAGCGUCGCGGCGGCGGACGACUCCUACUCCUCCGCGGCGGCGUGCCGGCAGAUCCGGCCGAGGAAGAAGGCGGCGGGAAGGGGAGAAGGCGGCGGGGGCGCGGCGGUGCCGGAGGGGCACGUGCCGGUGUGCGUCGGCGAGGAGGGUGGGCCCGUGGAGCGCUUCGCCGUGCGCGCCGAGCUGCUGGGCCAGCCGGCCUUCGCGGCCCUCCUGCGCCGCGCCGCGCAGGAGUACGGCUACGGCCACCCCGGCGCGCUCCGCAUCCCCUGCCCCGUCGCGGAGUUCCGGCGCCUCCUGCUCCGCCUCUCCGACGACCCCGCCGCCGGGUGCUAGGCGCCACCCCUGUCUCCGCCCUUCCUUAGCCGCGAUAUUUACGGCUGUGCCACUGGACACGCGCGGUCCAUCUCUUCUUUUACGGUUUCACCCCUGGGUAGAAUUGCUACGAAUGUACAGAGGCCGAGGCAGGCCGGAGGGCAGAAUGGGGAUUCGGUUACUAGUACUCUUCAUUUUACCAGUAGUAGCAGCUGCUUGAUGGUAGAACUAUGGGUGUUCCUUUUUUACCCCCGUCUGGUUCUAGGAAUGGCAGUGUAUGUGUGUGUGUUGUGCUAGGGAUUUGGGGCAUUAACCAUACAUGUAAUCCUUGAUUGAGGCUAGAUUCAUGUGAUAUUAUCGAGGUAGUAAUUUUUAGCUCUA